AUGACGGCGCCUGAAGAAGAAGGCGAGGCCAAGACCACCUCCAAUCCCUUGAACGAUGCCGAAAUCAACAUCCUCAAGAGCUAUGGAGUCGGUCCGUACACGGAGUCGAUCAAAAACGCAGAUAAGGACAUCAAGGAUGUCGUACAGCGCGUAAACAAGCUUUCCGGCAUCAAGGAAAGCGAUACCGGACUCAACCCUCCUCAUAUGUGGGAUCUGAUGUACGACCAGCAGACGCUCCAGGAGGGGAUGCCGCUCCAAGUUGCGCGGUGCACAAGCAUUAUAAACCCUGGCACGCCGCAGGCGAAAUACGUUAUAAACGUCAAACAAAUCGCCAAGUUUGUUGUGGGUCUGGGGGAAAAGGCCGCUGCAACGGACAUUGAGGAGGGCAUGAGGGUCGGCGUGGACCGUAACAAAUACAAGAUCCAAAUAUCGUUGCCACCGAGAAUUGACCCUUCGGUCACUAUGAUGACGGUUGAGGACAAGCCGGACGUGACCUACAAUGACGUUGGUGGCUGCAAGGAGCAGCUGGAGAAGCUGAGGGAGGUGGUUGAGAUGCCACUUUUGUACCCUGAGCGUUUUGUUGCGCUCGGCAUAGACCCUCCCAAAGGUGUGCUACUCUACGGGCCGCCUGGCACCGGGAAAACUCUGACCGCUAGGGCCGUAGCCAACAGGACGGACGCGUGUUUCAUAUGUGUCAUCGGGUCAGAACUGGUGCAGAAGUACGUUGGAGAGGGCGCAAGGCUGGUGCGUGAGCUGUUCCAGAUGGCGCGCUCGAAGAAGGCAUGCAUCCUGUUCAUAGACGAGGUAGACGCCAUCGGUGGCUCCAGGGGCGACGAGUCGGCGAACGGCGAUCACGAAGUGCAGCGUACUAUGCUUGAAAUAGUCAACCAACUUGAUGGUUUCGACGCCAGAGGGAAUAUCAAGGUGCUCAUGGCUACCAACAGGCCAGACACCCUGGACCCGGCGCUGUUGAGGCCGGGGCGUAUCGACCGUAAAAUAGAAUUUGGAUUGCCCGAUCUGGAGGUAAGAGAUUUGCUCGCGUGCUAA